CACACACACACACACACACACACACACGAGUUUUUAUGGGUUUGUGUGGACUACGUUUUCUGAGUUGUUUGUGUGGACCCUGACUUCCACUAUAGCCAGAAUGGUGCAAAAAUUAUGUUUAACUCUAGGUGGGACAAAGGAAGCUUCCUCUAGGACUUUGAUUGUGUGGACCGGGUAAAUGUCCACACAAUGGUGAAUGUCCACACAAUUUUGGUCUCCCGUCAGGGGUUGGUCCACACAAACCCAUAAAGACAAGUGCACACACACACACACACACACACACACACACACACACACACACACACACACACACACACACACACACACACACACACACACACACACACACACACACACACACACACACACACACUCUCUCUUCUGUUUGUGCUUGUGCAGAACAGCUUUACAGCACUAAUGCAAUGCGUUGUGUGUGUUAGUAUCCUCUGCUGGAGCACAGUGUCUGAAUAACAGAACAACGAUGUUUACCUCUCUGCUUUGUAUCCCCUCUUUGCAGCAUGCACACUGUUUAUUCUAACAUUCUUAUAAACUUCAACCAAUAAAAGGUUUUCUGAAGCCGUUACUGCAUGUUUAUGUAAAAGGAGGUGAGUCCCAGGAGCCGUGGAAAAGUCCACCAACCAGACGAACAUGGACGGUCAGCUGAUCCGAAGCUCGUAGGUGAGAUUCCUUUUUGCCAGCAGCCUGAAGCAAGGUGACUUAUCAGGUACACACACACACACACACACACACACACACACACACACACACACACCCACCCCACGUGCACACACACACACACACACAGAUUUCUACCUGACCUGAGCAGGGUGACUGCAGGCUAUAAUGAGCAACAGAGUGGAACGUAUUUCUUCACCUUCAAGCCCCGGUACACAGCAGAGUAAAGCCUUCCCUCAGACUCAGGUUCUCAGGUGCACACUCCUGGCUCAGCGGUGGCAGUCGUGAUGAUGGUGGAGGGAAAACCGUACAGAUACGGGCUGAUCGUGGCCGGCCUGUGUGUGGUGGCGGUCGGCCUCUUCAUCAUGGUGCAGGAGAGGCCACACGUCUAUGUCACCAUGUGUGUUCUGGGAGCCACCAUGGUGUGUGUUGGGACUGCGUGGAGCCUCUGCCAGUGCUAUCCCAAGGUCAUUGUGAUGCCUGUGCCUGAGAGGGAGAGCCUGGAGGAUUUAGUGUGUUCUACUGCUGAAGCUAAAGAUGAAAGGCACACGGAAGCUUCGUUGGGUUUGUCGGGCAGCAGGGUUGUUCUUCCUGAGGUUGUGAAGAGUCAGUGUCGCAGCUGCCCCGCACUGCAUCUGGUCUGAGGAACAGACAACCUGAUCUGAGUAAACUUCAUGCAAAACACCCCAGAACACUGGACUGCACUCAGGAAAGAAAGGAGAUCUGAUGAUGUCAUCAUGUAUUAAAUCACCUGAUGAGAGAAAGGGGUAACAAUGAUUUACGUAGGAUUCACAGAAGAUGGCGCUGUUCACAGCGACGUAUAAAGAUGCGAGUCGCUACAUCAGAACCUUCAACCUGAAAUGAUUUACAUGAAGACAGUUUCCACAUUAAACUACAUGUGUGUGUGUGGCUGGGGGGUCUGAAAGGAGAUAGGCUGAAGCAUGAGUUUUAAAACGGGGUGGAUCCUACAGUUCCUAUGAUGGUGAGCUCUCCUCACCACAAACACGUUUAGUCUACAGGACUGAAUGAUCGAGUAGACGAUGGGAGAUAAAUGAAUUGGGUUCAUUUGGUGACUAUUAGAUAGAAAUUUGAUUCUUAUCCUAAUUAGGCCAGACAUUAAGCAUUACUAUGAUUCUACUGUGACAAAGAAUAUUUCUACAAUAACACUUGGUGCUGUUAGUAAUGAAUGUAUUUCUGAAAUUGUUCCCCAAAGAAAUGAAAAAAUCCAUAAAUGAAUGAAACGAGUUCCCACUCGAGGAGGGAUCACGUUCAAUGGUUAGGAUUUUAGUGUCGACCAACAGAGGAGUGAUUGUGAUUUUCUUCCACAAUCAAGCAACAGAAUUAUGUCCACAGAGAAGUUAACGAACACUUGUAGUCAACGAGACCCAGUGGGUGAGCCGUAAUGAGAGAGAGAGAGAUCAGACCAGCUCAUGAAAGAGGUCUGGUGACCUCCCUCUAACCCUGAACGAGCCAAGCUUCCUGUCACCUCUUUAUAGAUUUCUGUAAUCUGGUCUGAUCGUUUCCCCCCGAGAGACAAAAAGGAAUAAAUAAAUAAAUAAACAGACUGGUGUUGUGGGUUGCGUUAGGUUGAAGAGACUGGAUCACUGAUGCCAACAAGAUAAAAAUAGCUCCUACUGAUGUAGGGCUACAGAAAAAACACAGUCUGAUGCUAACUCGUUAGCAUGGCGUAAAGUUGCUCCUGUUUUUGUUGCAGAACUCCUGACAUUAAGUUCCUUCAUGAUCCGUAGCUGCUGAGACUUGUCUUGUGUAAAAGCACAAAGGAAACACUUCCGAUUGAUAGAAUAGCAGCCAACUUCUCAUUAUAGGCGCAAUUGUGUCAAAAUAAUCAAAGUAAUAAGUUAGUUAAAAACUAAAUAGUUUAUUGUCUUUUUGGGAGGAUUUGGACAGAACUCAGGGCUGUCCCAGUACUGGUACUUUGUGGAGAAACAGUCUUGUACCCAAGCUUUGUUGGGUAUUUUUAUAAUUUUACCUUUUUGAGGCCUAAAAGAUGCCCAAUUUGUGUUAUUAACACAUCAUGAAUCUCUAGGGUUAUGGAGGUUAAAUAUUACCCAACAUUUUGGUGGAGAAUGCGGGUAUGCAGAGCUGGUGAGCCGAAGGCUAGAGCAGAGUGGGGGUUGGGUUUCCGCCCAGCUCUCGCAUGACGAUUCAUGGACAUUACAAAUAAUAAUAAUCUACUCUCUCUCUCUCUGUGUCGUCCUUUAAGGUACUAUGGGAUAAAUGAAAAAUUACCUAUCAAGCUUUGAAAAUGUUCUCAGUGUGAACAAAGUUUUCUCUGUGCCUGAUUCUGCCGCACGUUGAACCUGAAAUUAAGAUGAACCGUGUGACUUUUGUCCAACUCAGUGGAAUAAAAAUAGAUUUACUGAA